AUGAGCCUCGACCCGUGCAACUGCCCUCCUCCGACGCGGGAGCUAGUUCUCUGUUUCGAUGGAACGGGGAACACCUUCCGCGCGGACGGCGGGGAAAGCAACAUUCUCAAGAUCUUCCGCAUGCUGGAUCGCAGAAAGGAUCAUAGAUAUUGUUACUAUCAGCCCGGCAUAGGAACCGACAUCACGCCAGGAACCUUCGCCAACAUGGCCUUCCGCCCCUUUAGUAACCUCCCCGCCCACAAGGUCAUGGACCAGGCACUUGCCACUUCGUUCGACCAGCAUGUCAUCAACGGAUAUCGCUUCCUGGCCCGCCGCUGGGUGCCCGGCACGCGCAUCUACAUGUUUGGGUUCUCACGUGGGGCCUACACAGCCCGGUUCCUGAACGAAAUGCUCGACUUCAUCGGCCUGAUCUCGGCCGAUAAUGAGGAGAUCAUCCCUCUCGUGUGGCAGGCAUUUACACGGUACAAGAUUGCGCGAAACGAUAAGGAGGCGAACGACGCAGAAUACUUUCUCAAAAUGUGCCGGGACACGAUGUGUCGGUCUGUGGGACUUGUACACUUCCUUGGCCUGUUCGACACGGUGAACAGUGUGGCUGAGUUCAACAACGACCUCCAGAGAACGCAGCCAAAACCGCACAUCAUGCGACACGCGGUCAGCAUCGACGAACGCCGGAUCAAGUUCCAACCGGUACUGUUUGAUCAGCUGCGCGGAGCACAUGCAAGGGCCUGUCGAGUGAGUACGUGGGCCGAGCGAGCGGACCUCGAAUUCCAGAGCUCCAGCGGCCUCGUGCCGCCGCCGCCUUCGGAGACGGACUUCGAAGAAGUCUAUUUUGCUGGAGAUCACAGCGACGUUGGUGGUGGGUGGCCGCGCGAGCGCGGCAGUGAACGAUGGGUCGCCAGUCAAAUUCCCCUCAUGUGGAUGGUGGAAGAAGCCAUUGAGGCAGAUCUGACCUUUGACCCAACACAACUGCACGAAUUAGGCUGCUUCAACUAUAUGGCCCGGGAGAGGUAUGACGAGGUUGCAGUGAAGGAGGCGUCGGAGGCAGUCUUGCAUGAUUCCUUGCUCUAUGACUCCGGCAAAGGCUUGGAGACCUUGUUCUGGCGCGUGCUGGAGUGUCUGCCCAUCAAGCGUCCCAAGGUCGCCCCAGACGGUACGGUGCAGGAGACUAGAUGGCAUGUCGGGGGCCUGCGACGACCGCUACCGGAGGGGGCUAAGUUGCAUUUCAGCGUCAUUGACCGAAUGAAGAAGGAUCCGACAUAUCGACCAUAUAACCUCGGGGUGGGUAAUCGGCCCGACGUGGAGCGGGUCAUCGAGCACUGGCCGCAAGUCGUUCACGACAAGGAGCUCGGUCAUGACAAGGCCAUCGAGAAUGGGCAGAGGGCGAGGACCAGGCAGGAUGAGGAGCGGAGGACGCUGUGCUGGUAUUAUAGGUGGCAUCGGGGGGAGGCGGAGGGUGGCAGACGGCUUCACUCGCGGCGCUCGGAGAGGACUUGA